UGCGCGAAAAUGAAAAUUCGAUUCAAUUCAGCUUAUUAUUUUACCUAAAGAAGUCCUUACAAAAAUGGCAGCAAGUGGCAGAGCUUCCCGUCUUUUAAAAGCGAUGGAUCGUUUAGCUACGAAGACUACUUUUGAUCACGGUACUGUGCUUAGCAAGGUAAAGCUGCAAUCUGGUGAAAACGGGACAUUCCAAGGCACAUUCACCGUGGACAAAACUAUGUGCAACAUGGCAGGAUCUCUUCAUGGAGGAUACAUAGCAUCCGUCAUUGAUGUGCUGUCGUUUUACACACAACUCAGCAACACUGGUAGCAAACUAUCCUGGACAACGGGCAUGAAUGUUAAUUACGUUGGAACAGCAUUUGACGGUGACAACGUGAAAGUAGAGACCAAAACUCUGAAAGUCGGCAGUUCUUCGGUCGUGGAAACUUUCUUUCAUAAUGAAAAAGGAAAUCUCUUAGCGAAAGGUACAACAACGUUUUUGGCAGGUCCUGACAAAUAUCAAAAGUUAAUCAAACUCUUGCUCGAUUUUGAUGUGAGUGAAAACUAAUUAAAAGAACAACAAGGAACUGUUUUCCUUGUAGGUACUGUUCUUUUUU